AUGCUGGCGCUGCACCAGCAUUCUGGUGGGGAGAGAGGGAUCGCCGACGGGGCGGCGAAGGGGACCGACCGUAGCUUGGCAUGGAUGGCGUGGUGGAUGGAUAAAGAAGACAAGAGCACCGACCGUCGCGACCCGGGGGUCUCUGCCGAGCUGGAGCGAGCCAAGCACAAGUACGCCGAAAAGAUGGAGCGCAUCCGCAGGGAGAUGGAUGAAGAGGCACUGCAAGCGGAGAUUCGCAAAGCGCAAGCUGUCCAAGAGAAGACCGUCGCGUUUGUCCAUGCCCGUGGGGUUACGAUUGGUACAAAGUAG